ACAGGCCCGUGGACGAUAUUCGACCACUAUGUAAAGCUAAGUGCAUGUACGACGGCAGGCCACCAAUCCGACUCCAAAUGCCCGCCUGCAUGAUAUGUCUCUCUCGUACGGGGAAGAAUCACCCCGCAAAAAAAACUAUACUCUUUUCGCGCUCUGAACCGGCGAAACUAGGUGAUAUCUACGCUAUUCAACAAUCCGUGCACACGCCUAUCAAGUAUGCUUUGUGUGGAUACCUGAAGUCCGCCGGGAAAUGGAGCGUAGGAACGACACUCUCCAGCAUCCACACGUCACUCGCAGUCCGCAGCGCUAAACGCCGCAGGAAGGCCAGCAAGCCCGCAGAUAGCGACGCGAACCUAGUCCCACCAUCGUCGCAUUACUCCGCUCGUCCUCAGUCUCUCUCAGGAAAGGAUAGACCGUGCAUCAUAGCCACUAUGCCCAGUGUCGAGACCGAGGAUGUCAUGGGUAUCUUCGUAAUGGCGACCUAUGAUGACACACCGCUCCAGGAGAUGCCAGCAAUCUACCGCCAUUUUUCACUGGCUGUUUACCCGAACGAGGAGCCAUCGCAUGUGCAUACUAUGCCGGAGUGGCAUGGAAAGGGGAUUCAAUGGGUGAUUGCCGUCCGCUACACGGUUCCCCGGGAAUCCACUAGCACUGGCAAUAUCAGUCGAUGGUGCAACGAAUGGUACCAGGGUACUGGCAACAAACAACGAGUCCAGAGGUCGCAUCAUCGCUUCGAGACGACGACCCUGAGCUACCUCCGACGUACGGCAGAGGAGAAAAUGGAGCAGUGGCAGGAGAUGUGUCGGAGGGAUCCGGAAUUGGCGACAAGAAUGGCGGACGCAUGCGAGGUAAUUUCUAUUUGACGAAUCACGAAGUAUCAUCAGCUGAGAGCUCCACUAGGAAAACUGGAAACGAC